UGGCAGCGGGGUAAGCAAAAUGCAAUUUAACAGCUUCUGGCUGUUUAAAAUAUGAGAAAAACAGUCUUCUUUUCUUCUUUUUUACAUUAAACAGCGCAUGCCAUGAAAUGCAUAGUGAUGUGUCAUGUACAAUUUACCAUAGUUCCCUUUUUACCUAUUGUACUAAAAGUAGCGAACAUCAUCCAUCUAUAACAUCGACUGGAAAAAUAUCCCUCGGGGGUCAUGGACCGUUCCAUUUUUUACCCCAGGGUUUAGCCAAUAGAUGUGCAGAAGUGUAUUUUAAGAGGCAUCGUUGAUUAUUUAAGUUUCAUGUUGAAUUGAGCCUGAAAUAUAACAUUGAGGGUGGUGUGCAAUUAAAUUAGCGCAUGGCACAGCGUUUAUGAAAAAAUAAAACCAGACUUUUUUUUCGUGGUAUGUUGACUGUAUGUAUUUCUGAAGGGAGGCAAUCCAUUCGUCGUCCCUGUUCUGCAAAGUGUUGGCGAUUCUUAUCUUUUGAUUAUAUUUUAUAUAUAUAGAUAGAUAUAGAUUAUAUAGUAAUCUUCCAGUUUGAAGAAAUCAUCAUCCCUGAUAUUGCUAUAGCGCCUCGCAGAACGAAUCUCUUUAGAUCAACGCCUCAGUGAUGUGAAUAUAGAUCAGCUGCAGUUUACUUGCACGGCAGAGGCAGAAGAGAAGGAGAAGGGAAAGAGAAAAAAGAACCGGCUGUCUUGGACUCCUAUGCAAGAAAUCAUACAUAUACAAAAAGAAACCUAGUUCAUGUUCUACGAUAUUCGACGCGCUGGUUGUAACCAGAGUGGAUCACAACGAUGGGAUAUGCCAACAAAACCUUCAAAAGAUACGUUCUCUUCCUUUGGAUUGCAUCUUUGCAUCUUUCAAUAGAAGGCAGACCAAGGCAACCCAGAUGCCCCACGUCGUGUAUAUGCACAAGAGAUAAUGCUCUGUGUGAAAACAUCAGAUCGGUUCCUCGCAGUUUUCCCCCUGAUGUCGUUUCUUUAUCGUUUGUUAAAUCUGGAUUCAACGAAAUUCCUGAAGGAAGCUUCAUGCACACACCAGCACUGCAGCUUCUCCUGUUCACUGCAAACUCCUUUGAGGCCAUUCAUGAAGAUGCUUUCCUUGGUCUCCCACAUCUCGAGUACCUGUUUAUCGAAAACAACAAAAUCAAAUCGAUUUCUCCAAAUGCAUUUCAAGGACUUAAGUCGCUUAUUCACCUGAGCCUGGCAUAUAAUAAUCUUCAGACACUCCCUAAAGAUGUUUUCAAAGGCCUGGAGGCAUUAAUAAAGGUGGACCUGAGAGGCAAUGCCUUUAACUGUGACUGCAAAUUGAAGUGGUUAGUUGAAUGGAUGCACAACACAAAUGCAACUGUGGAUCAAAUCUAUUGUGCAGACCCGCCAGCAUAUCAGGGGAAGACCAUCAACGAUCUUGACCCGCAAUCAUUUGACUGCAUAACAACAGAAUUUGCUUCAUACCAGUCCCUAAAAUUUGAGUCAAUUUCAGUGGAUUCCUUCUCUUACAAGAACGAUGACUAUAUUGUAAUUGCCCAGCCUUUCAUCGGGAAAUGCAGCUUCCUAGAAUGGGACCAUGUUGAAAUGGUCUUCCGGAAUUAUGAUAACAUUAGCAGCACUUCCAUGAUCGUCUGCAAACCAAUGGUGAUAGACACUCAGCUGUUUAUCAUUGUUGCCCAGCUUUUUGGAGGCUCCCACAUUUACAAACGGGACAACUCUGCUAACAAGUUCAUCAAAAUCCAGGAUAUUGACAUCCUCAAAAUCAGGAAGCCUAACGACGUGGAAACCUUUACAAUCGAUGGCACCUCAUACUUUGUCAUUGCCGACAGUUCCAAAGCAGGUUCUACAACAGUGUACAAGUGGAAUGGAAACGGAUUCUACUCCCAUCAGUCCCUCCAUCCUUGGUACAGAGAUACGGAUGUGGAAUAUCUCGAAAUAGCCAACAAACCACACUUGAUUCUGUCGAGCAGCUCCCAGCGCCCUGUUAUCUAUCAGUGGAACAAAUCCCAGAAAUUGUUUGAUAGGCGUACGGACAUUCCAGAAAUGGAAGACGUCUUUGCAGUCAAGCAUUUCAAAGUGAAGAAUGACCUGUACAUCUGCCUCACCAGGUUUAUUGGGGACUCCAAAGUGAUGAAGUGGGAUGGCUCUAUGUUUUUGGAGAUACAGACGAUGCCAUCUAGAGGAUCAAUGGUGUUCCAGCCUUUUGCUGUGAACAACUGGCAGUACGCAAUUCUCGGGAGUGACUACUCCUUUACACAAGUCUACCGCUGGGACGUGAAGAAGAGCCAGUUUGUUAACUUCCAGGAGUUAAAUAUCCAGGCUCCAAGGGCUUUUACACUCGUUUCUAUUGACAACCGUGAGUUUCUGCUGGCUUCUAGUUUUAAGGGACAAACGCAGAUUUAUGAACAUCUCAUACUUGACCUAAGCAAUUAAUAGAAGCAGACCUUACUUGUAUUUACACUGCAGUAAAGAAUAACUGCACUUAAUGGAAAUGGACAUGUUUUUGGAUUAUAUGCAUGAUAUAUACCACUAAUAAUACUUCUAGGUGAAUGUCUUGCUAGAAGUAUCUAUCUCUUUUGGUCAUCAUUUAGUGCUUUUGAAUUUUCCUUGCUUUUUUAACAAUGACCACUGUUAUCUUUCCCAUUGGGACUUUAAGCUGUACAUAACUGUGCAAUCACGUCUGUUACUAAAGUGAGAAAUAAUAAUAAUACACUUUUUCAUCUAUUUAUUAACCUAUUUGGAAGAAAAUAUAUAUCUGCCGAAUAACACGUUUACAUUUCUCUGUCUUUCCAGUUGCAAGCAAAAUUAUUUGUAAAUGAAGCUUUUGUAAAUAUGUGAGGGACCGUGUCAGUCAGAAAUCAGAAAUCAUAUAUUUGUAAGAAAAUGAACAUAUGUUGCAAUGCAAACUUAGUUGUUGUUGCUUGGGGGGGGGGAUCCUGACAAAUGAGAUUUUUAUUGUUAUUUGUUUGUAUGUACUGUAUAGUAAUUUACUCAAAAUAAUAAUAAUAAAAAAUAAAAUAGCAGAAUGUUUUAACUAUUUAUAUAUAUAUAUGUAAAAACACACACACACCCACCACACUAGCAUCAGCUGAUCACCUCCCCAUAUAGUUUUAUGAAAAUAUUUUUUUGAGAAUGAGCUCUCGCCAAUGGCUAACACAGGUCAUCAACAGGAUUUAGUUCUAUAUAAAAUACAUUUUUGUACAUACAUGUUCUUUUUAAUGAAAGUAUAUACUGUACAUUGAAAGUUUAAUUCCAUUAUAAAACAAUAUGAUGGCUUAUUUUCCUUUCAGGUUAACUUGCCAAUAUACAACGUAGGUUUCACUUUUCUUAAAGUUCCAGUAUAGUUAUGCAUUCUGUUUUGAUUAUAAACAAUUAUACCUUAACUAAAAACGAUUUUCAUGAUGUUCUCUCGUUUUCCCAUUUCGGAGAGACCUGCUUUCUAGUUGGGUUACCUGAACGGAUCCUAAAUGUUUUUUUUUCCUUUUCGAUUUACAUGGAAAGACACUAAUUCUGGGACAGCAGGCAUAAAUGUAGACACACCACCCAGCUUCAGAAUAGAUCGGAGUUGCCCAAAGCAGUUCAUAAUGCUGAAAAAGUAUUAUCAAGUUAUCCAGGAAGAU